UGUUUCGAUCUACUACACCGACUUACUCUUAUACCAACUACCGCCCGGCGAAGAAGCAGCGAAGGAGGAGGAGAAGAGCGAAGGAGAUGCAAUCUGGCGGUGGCUAUGGCGGCGUCUCCGAGAUCCAGCAAUUCAUGGUCGACAAUUCCUCUCUCUUCGCUAUCUCCUCCGCCGCAGCCGCAUCCGCCAACACCACUCCUGCCGACGGCGGCCACGCGCACCACCCUCUCAAGUACCAACCUCAGCAACCGCCGCAGAUGCCGCCGCCUUUCUCCCACUUCAACUCCAUACCCAUCACCCAACAGCUCCUCCACCAGGCCCCGCCUCCGCACCACCAGUACUUCCACCUCUUCCACCCGCCUCCCCCGCACCAGCAACAGUACCUCGCGGAGCCACGGCGAUUCAUCCCGGAGCACCAACUCGGCGGCGCGGCCAUGGAUCAGGAGUCCUGUCCCGACAACUCGGCGGCCAGCGGCGGCCUUCCGCCGUUCCUCGCGUCCGCGAUGAGCUUUAAGCUCGCCGUCGACGGCGGAAGCCGUGAGAGAAUCAAUGUUGACGAUGGCAGCAUGUUGCGAGGCGACGAUGUAUCGGGGAACCGCCCGCAUCAUUGGCAGAGAGAAGACGACUCCGCCAUUGAAGAACUUCCUUGGAGGCCGCUCGACAUCGACUACAUCGACAGGAACAACAAGAGGUGCAAGGAUAAGGAGGCGGAGGCCGGCAGCAGCAACAAUUUCUCCAAGAAGAGAAAAGAAGUGGCGGAUUCCGAGCGCGUGGAGGUCGCCGGCGGCAGCAAUUACAAGAUCUUCAGUGAACUGGAGGCCAUCUACAAGCCCGGAAGCAGUGCCAACGUCGGCCAGACUGGCUCUGGAUCUGCUCUCACCGGUGAGGAGACGAUCCCCCCUGUCUUAAACGCCGCGGCCAUGGCGCCGCCGCAGGAUGCGGCCGUCGGGGAGACGUCGGCUGGAGAAGAGGCGACUGAAACGGUUAAGUCUUCGCCCUCCACGGGGCGGAGGAGGAGGAGGAGUAGGAGGAAGCGGCGGUUGCAGCAGCUGAGCGCGAUGGCGGCCUUCUUCGAGAGCCUGGUAAAGCAGCUGAUGGAACACCAGGAGGGCCUCCACCGGAAGUUCCUGGAGGUGAUGGAGCGGCGGGAGCAGGAGCGCGCCGGCCGCGAGGACGCCUGGCGGAAGCAAGACGCCGCCAACACCAGCCGCGAGGCGGCGUCGCGAUCCCAGGAGCGGGCCCUUGCUGCCUCCCGCGAGGCGGCGAUCAUCUCCUUCAUCGAGAAGAUGACCGGCCAGCGUCUCCACCUCCCAUCCAACCCCCAACUCUCCAUCGCGGAGGAAUUCGACGCCAUCCAAAUGCCAAAUCGCGACGCCACCGACACUUACUGCGCCGGCGGCAACCAGGCGCCCAAAGACUCGGCGACGUUGAACACGAGCCGGUGGCCCAAGGCCGAGGUGGAGGUUUUGAUCGGCGUGCGAACAGAGCUGGAGGCCCGGUUCCAGGAGCCCGGGCUGAAGGCCCCCCUGUGGGAGGAGGUGAGCGCGGCGAUGACCGCAAUGGGCUACCGACGGAGCGCGAAGCGGUGCAAGGAGAAGUGGGAGAACAUCAACAAGUACUUCCGGAAGACGAAGGAGAAAGCCAGAAACCGGCCGGAGCACUCCAAGACCUGCCCCUACUUCCAAAAGCUCGACCAGCUCUACUCCAACACCAAACAUCCUUCUUCAUCAACCCUCCUGAACUCUCAACUGCUAGAAGCAAUUACAAUGCCGCCGCCCGGCGAGAGCAGUACUCACCUUGCUACCGGUGACGAAGACGAGGAGCAGCGAAGCAGACAAGAAGAAGAGGAAGAAGAAGACAGCCAUGGAAACGCCGCAAUGCACUGGGAAUAGGAACAAGAGGCCACUGUAAGCCAUGAGAUGGGCCAUGGAUCUUUAGGUCUUAAUUUAAUUUAAUUAAUUAAGUAAGUAAUGUGGAGUGAAAGAUUUGCAUGGGAUUUUUUGGGGAGCCCACAUUCAUAUUUGUUUCUAUAUACAGAGUCUAGUUAUCAAUAGCACACCUGU